CUGAAGCUUACGACAACUUGUUGUCAACAUAAUAAUUGAAAAUAUGAAGAAACUACUUACAAUAUGCUCAAUAUGGAUCUUAUUUACGGCAAAAGUCGAUCUACUUUCGAUUCCCUUUGUGUCUGACAUCCAAGACAUGGUUGGUCUGGUCAUCGAUAUAUCUGACAUUGCGACGGGCCGACAUGAUUUGACUGCGGGAAAUCUAUUUAAGAAGAAAACUGACGCUACGUUGGUUGCAGUUAACCAACUAUCCAAUCAGAUAAGCGAACUAACCCAGACGAUCAAUUUUAAGAUGGACAAAAUAAUGACUGCGGUGCUGGAAGAUGUUCCCAGGGCGAUUCAAUUAGCAAAUCUUAUGAGGAAACUCAUCGACUUAACCUCCAGAGUUAACGAAUUGUAUGAAGACUACAUAUUUUACGUUAAAAAAUCCGAAAUGAUCAAUCAAUAUACGAUCGAAGAGUUUGGUAGGGUUGUCACGUCUCACAAAUAUGGAGAUAUUCCCGAUCUUCUGACGCAAACUUACCAUUUAUUUCUUCCUGGGCCGCUAGCUCAAAAAGAUCAGAGUAUUCUUCAAGUUAUGGUCUCCAGUUUUCAGAACGUAGAAGAGGCAGAACGGUGUAACCAAUUUAAGACAGCUCAGCAACAUCUUUAUGAUAUUUAUGAAACAGUUAUUAUAACAGAAAUAAAAGGUUAUACGAUGUCAGCUUACGCUUAUGGUAUGCUAGCCAUAUAUCAUAAUUCGUCUUUUACGACAGAAAUAGACAGAGCUACUUAUCGUACCCUACAAAGAUGCAGCCAGUACUUAUCAUCUGUAUACAGUGCUCUCGAGACUCUUGGAAGGGAAAUAUUUUUGUGUGAUCCACCAGAACAUAUAAGAGGGGAGACCCAUGUCGAAUUAAAUUCCAUUAGACGAAUUAUAACUCAUGAAAACAUGAUGAUCGACACCUGUCAUUACCGUUGUGCUGAUUUAGGUCAGAGGGCUUAUCGACAAGCAUUUGAUUAUAAAAUGGAUAAUGGAGACAAGUAUUAUUGGAAUCCAAAUCAACCUUGUCUAGGCUACAUGUACAACUGUAAUAAUCUUGACAGUAUCACUUUUUGCGAAAUGCCGGCAGAAUCCAACCAACGUUACACGUGGAUGGAAACUGCUCAAGGAGUAAUGUAUGGAUAUAAGGACAGUUGCCCCAAUGGAAAUACAAAAAAUCUAAUAACUUAUCUUAAUUGGUACUGUUAUGUCCAAGGGCGUUUUUAGAGCGGUAGCGUAAACGAUGGAGGUUUGGACUAACGAUUUAAAGAAUACGCAACGGAGGUUUUAAUUCCGUUGUUUAAUUAUUUAUGUGGGACGUUUUCGACGGACGAAUUUACCACGCCUUCGUUUGAGACUGAUUACGGAUUUUAUUAAGAAUAGAUGUACUUACUCUUUGCAGGAUUUUUAGUUAUUACCGGAUCCGUGAUUCCGGGGCUGCUGUUAGUGCCUUUUCCUGGAUUGGGGCCUUCUGAUUGGUCCUUGCAGCGGAUGGAUUAGGAUGGAAUUGGGCUGCUUAUUUUACGGGCUUCUUAUUUUGUGAAAUGAACUGAUUUAAAACUGAUUUCACUUUUAUUUAGAUUUAUUU